GAACAACAACAAACGGCUGCAGCAUACCUCACAGUAAACUACAUUUCCCAUGGUGCUUAGCGCAUAGGCGCCAUGGAGAACCGUGUGGCGCAUCUGGAGAAAAGGAUCCGUGGCAACUUGGAGCGUCUGGGGUUUGAGCUUCAUUCUUUCAAGGUAGAGUGGUACAAUGCAGUCCUUCCCUCAGCUUUUCAUUUGCCAUAUUCAGAGAACACAUUGGCAUUUGUGGUACUCAGCAUCCCUGCCAUGUUUGACAAAGCCUUUAAACCUUUCCUGAAGAAUCAACUGCUGGAAAAGAUUCAUGAUCCUGUGGAUCAAUGCGUUUUUCAUCAUCUUUCAUUGGUUAGGGAGAACCUUGCUGACCUGCGGGUGAAUAUCAUGUAUGAUUAUGAGAUGCUGCCUAAUCGGAAGCCCAGGUUCUUGGCCCAGACUGCAGCACAUGUAUCUGGUGCUGCAUAUUAUUACCAGAGGAAAGAUGUGCAGCAAGAUCCCUGGGGAGAGAAGAAGAUCUAUGGUGUCUGCAUUCAUCCCUGUUAUGGAGGCUGGUUUGCCAUCCGGGCUCUCCUGAUUUUCCCGGAUGUUGAGGCGCCCUUCUUGCAGCAGAAUUUGCCUGUUGAUUGUGUGAGAACAGAAGGGGAGAAAAUAGAACUACUGGAUAAGUUCAAUUUCCACUGGCAGGACUGGAGCUAUCGGGACAUUAUUGAAGUGAAGGAGAAGUACUCAGAGGAGCAAAAAAUGUACUUUGCAACUCCUCCAGCUGAACGGUUAAAACUGCUGGGGCUUCAAGGAGGUUUGAAAAGAAACACAAUGUACUGAAUAGCUGUUUUCACUGUGCAAAAGGGACAUGUGGCCUACAUCACUGUUCCCACUAUUUUAAAGGUGGAUCAUGUCAGCAUCUUGGUGAUUCAGUCUGGAAACCUGGCUUUCGGUUGUAGGAGGAGUAUUGCAUUAUAGAAUUGGGUCAAGCCCAUGUUUAAGGCUUUUCAUGUUAUAAUAUAGGUUAUAGAUUGAUUGUUGUCCUGCCAUCCUAGCUCUCAGGUAGGCAGAAAUUUGAUACACUGGAUACCUGCAUAUCUAUACUUGGAAACACUAGGUUUUGAAUUAUGGUAUGAUGUUAUUUUUUAGACUGGUCUGUGGACUUCAUUUUGUACUUCACUGGUAGUGAAGGUUUGUUUUAUGACUGUUUGAUAGCUAAAAUGUAAAAUCAUUUGCCAUUUUUUACAAGCUCAGGGAAAGACAUCAGGAUAGCACUUUUUGCUUCUUUGUAGGAGAAAUUGUCCAGGAAGCAUUUUGAAGGAUAUUGCCUAAUCCUUUUCAUGGAGUCAAAAGUCAUUUUAGGUACCACUUCUGCCAAUGUAUAUCCAUGAAGAUUCUGUGACUGUGUAUGUCAUUAUGCUCCAUUGGUCUUUAUUCCCUUUUCUUUCUGUUUCUGUGGAAAGCACUGUUGGUACUGCCCAACCCAAGUGGUAAACAAAGUAAAACUGAAGGAAGCAAAAA